GAGCGCCUCACCGAGAAGUAUGGCAUCGACUUCACAAACGUCGAGCGCAGAUAGACUGGUUUCUCAUCACGGGCUUGGAUACCGGGGCUUGGAUACCGGGGCCGCACGGGGGGAGAGGACUCUGUACAUUUCGAACGGCGCGUUUCUAAAAAUGUUUUCUCAUGACCAAUUACAGUGUUCACACGAGUUCUCACUUUCUUUGCUUGCCUCGUGGUUCCCAUUCGCGUUCUUAACUUCUUCCUUCUCUCCGUAACCUUGCAGCUCAACUUCCUCGUUGCCCCUCCCGAACCCCGCGUGUCUGCACCACGUUUUUACCCAACCGGCCCCAUGAGUACUGUUAACGACAGCAAAGAAGCUGUACACAGCAUAUUCCACGAGCAAUACAAAGCUCUCGAAAUUCUCCUCGAAAUUCUCCCCACAGUUUCAGCCACCGACCGCCCACAGAUAAUCGACGAGUGUCUAGCAGGAAUCGGCCGUCUGACCGACGUCCUCAAGGAUGCGUCCACCUACCUUCCCGCCUACGACCAACGCGCCUACUCCCUGAAAGUCAAAACGCUAUCCGACAAGCUCUUGGGCAUCCGACUCUCGCUCGCGCCAAAACAAAAAUUCUCGUUCAAGUCGCGCAGCAAAAACACCAGCGGCACCAUCGGCGGCGCAGUAGACCUCGGGCAGACCGGGGCGCCGACGCAGUUCACGAGCGCGGCGCAGAAGGCCGCCACCGAGCAGGAAAAUGUCGUUGUCACUGAGCGAUCCGACGAGUUCAUACGGCCGCCGGGAGCCACGACUACCGCGUCCGCGUCGCUGCUGUUGAGCAGCCUGAGGGGAUGUGGCAUCACUAUCCCCGAGACGCUGAGGUUCUCGAGUGCCGCCGUCAAGAACGUCGAUGCGUCCCUGCUCCUGCUAGGAGAGGCCGUUAACGGCCCGAUACAUCUUACGGGCGUGAGGGAUAGUGUCCUGGUUUUUGCGUGCAGACAGUUCAGGAUGCAUGAUGCUAGGAAUGUGGACGUCUAUCUGCGCUGCACUUCGAGGCCGAUUAUCGAGGACUGUGAGGAUAUCCGGUUUCAUCCGUACGGGGAUCAGCAGGACCCGAAAAAUCUGUGGGAUCAGGUAGAUGAUUUUAAGUGGUUGAGGGCCGAGAAGAGUCCGCAUUGGAGUGCUUCCCGUGUCGAGGGAGCAGAGGAAGUGGAGAAGAGGUGGAAGGAGAUUGAAGGGAUGGCGACGGAAGGGGUGGAUGUUAAGCAGGUGCUGGGUCCUUUGUUGAAGAGUUGAUUCGAUGCGGCCACAGUGUAUUACUACAGAACGGAAUGAUACCAGAAGAAGGUUUUGAAGAUGCUCAUGAAACUCUACGAAGCAAUCAAUGAGUUGAGAAAAGCUGUGCCCCAAAAUGACAGAAAACGCCCAAGUAACUAAUGUACACCCCAC